AAGCCUCGGGAUGCCGGAUCCCAAUCUGAGCUCUGAUUCUGAUCUCUGUGAACUUGGGCAAGCGCUGGUCCCACUCUGUGCCUGAGGUGUCCUCAUCUGCACGUGGAGAGUUAGUCCCACGGGCUGCUAAGGGGCCCCAGACAUGAUGUGCAGGCCACAAGAAGAAUGGCUGGUGCUGAGCAGAGCCGGUCGGGACUCUGGUGCCUGUAGGGGCAGCUCCACCUCCUGAAGAUGAAGGGGCCCAGGUGAAACACAGGCUGGGCCGCAUGGCCAGCUCCAGGAUGGAGGUCUGCUGGGCCGAGCCGGGCCCGGGGAAGGGGCCACUGCAGCGGCGGCGCUGGGCCUGGGCCGAAGAGGGAAAGGAUGCCGAUGGGAGUACACGCAGCUUGGGGGAAAAGGGGCCCUUCCCCAAGGCCAGCAGCCCUGAGCUCCUGGAGGAUUUCCGCCGGGCCCAGCAGUGCCUGCAGCCACUGGAGUGGGGCCCGGACUCACAGCCUGGUGGGUGCCGGGAUCCCGAAUCAGGAGGGUCUGCAGAAGAGGAGUCUGAAGCAGAGGAUGUGGACAGUCCUGAAAGUUCCAACUUGCCUCUCGGCUGGCUCCCCCAGCAGGACCCUCAACCUGGCAUGACUGAAGAGGAGCCAGAUGAGACCCUGGGAGGUGCUGAGGUCCAGGAAGCUGGAGAGAGCUCCCCGAGGCUGGGGUAUGAGACCGAUCUCAGCUCGGGGGGCAAUGGGAACACCAGCCCCAUGGCUCUGGGGUGGUGUCAGCCCACAGGCGGGGUGGCUUCUGGCAAUCAAGCCAGUGGAGACAAACUUCCAGAACAUUCUGAGGUCAACCCAACUGUUGACUUCAGCUCUGCGAGGUCCUGGAGCAGUGGAACUGUGAGCCUCAACCACCCCAGUGACAGUCUCGAUUCUACCUGGGAAGGAGAGACCGAUGUCCCCCAGCCCCCUGCCCUGGCAGAAUCUUUACCACAGAGCCCCAGCCACCACCUCCUAAACCCAAACGACAGAACUGGAGGAAGCGUUGCUCUGGUAACCCCCACGGAAUUCCAGGAGUCCUCAGCACCUCCAGCCCAGAGCCUCCAGUGUCCUGCAGACAGAUGGAGGAGAGAAGCUACCAGCCUCUCCUGCCCUCAGCCCGGGGACCAGUCCUGGAAACGGACACGGAUAUCACCUAAGCCGCUCCCUUCCCGAUUCACCGGCUCCAUCAGCCCCCUGAAUCCCUCACCUGGGCCAGCUCGGCAGGACAGGCCACCGCCCAGGCCAGGCGCCACUCUGGCUGGUCACUCAUCUUCUGGUGCCCCUAAGUAUGGCCGGGGGCGGCUGAACUACCCACUCCCUGAUUUCUCCAAGGUAGGACCCCGGGUGAAGUUCCCCAAAGAUGAGAGCUACCGCCCCCCGAAGGCCAGGAGCCACAGCAGGCUGCCCGAGAGUCCUGCCAGGCCGCUGAUUUUCAAGUCACCUGCCGAGAUUGUGCGGGAGGUGCUGCUGAGCAGCGGAGAAGUCUGCCCUGGGAAGGAUCCACCUCCUACCCACCCCAUCACCAGGGUACCCCAAGAAUUUCAGACACCUGAACAAGCCACGAAGCUGGUCCAUCAGCUCCAGGAGGACUACCACAAGCUCCUCACCAAGUAUGCUGAGGCCGAGAACACCAUUGACCAGCUGCGCCUCGGGGCCAAGGUGAACCUGUACUCCGACCCGCCUCAGCCCAGCCACAGCAUCCACAUGGGGACAGUGCCCCAGGGGACCAAGGUCUUGUCCUUUAGCAUCCCACAGCCCCACUCUGUGGAGCGGUGGCCAGGCCCCGCUGAGGGCCCACAGGCCUCUGAGGCUUCAGGGUGGCCGUCAGCUCUAGGAGACCCGAGCCCCUCCUCGUCCCCUAGCGCACCCACCCCAGGGUGGCUUCCAGAGAACCCAGGUAUCAUCCAGAACCAGCCUGCAGCAGAGCCGGCCCAGGAACUGGCUUCUCAGGCCAGCCGCUUCCUGGCCAAGGUGGAGUCCUUUGUAGAACUGAUACAAGCAGGACAGCUGGCGCCCCGGGACCAGCUCAAGGGCUUCCAGCGGCUAAAAGCUGCCCACACUGCCCUGGAGGAGGAGUACCUGAAGGCCUGCAGGGAGCAGCACCUGGCCCAGCAGCUUGCUGGAUCCAAGGGGGCGCCUGGGAAAUUUGAUCCUGGAAGGGAGCUGGAAGCAGAGAUAUUCCAGCUGGGAAUUCGCUUGGAAGAGCUGAAGGACCAUGUGGACCAGAACCAGCAGAAGCCUGAGCGAGCCGGGUCAGACUUGGCUCUGGACAGCCCCCCAGCCGGGCCCUCCCCUGAGCAGCCAGCAGGCCUGCCCUCUCCUUUGGAACAAGCCCCUACACCAGCCAUCCAGACCCUCUGCCCCAAGCCCGAUGCCACCAGCAAUGGCCCCCACCCAUUGCACGUGAACUUGGAUCUGAGUGCUACCAGCAAUGAGGCAGAAGACAGGCCGCUUGGCCUCCCGGGCCCACUCAGGCACAAGGAGCUGCAGAUGGAGCAGGAUCUCCAUGGUCUCUUAGAGCGGUACCUCAGUGUGAAGUCCCCCGCAGAAGCCAUGAGGAUGGAGGAGGAGGAGGCGGGAGGGCAGGGCCGCACCCUGGAAGUUGACGGGCCGGCUCCAGCUCCGGGAAAAGCAGCAGCCACCAGGCUCCCCACCAGGCAGCUCCCAGCACAGGCUGAGAGAAGUCACAGGGGCUCCCUCGAGGAGACUGUGGAGCAGAUGGCACCUGUGAAGCCAGCAGACUUCCAUGCAUCCAUGGCCAGAGACAGCCACCUGCAAGGCCUGGACAAAGCCGGGGCAGCUCCUCCAGGCCCUAGCAGGCACCCUCACCCUCGGGGCACCAAGUCCUCUGUGGCGUCCCACCAGGGCAGUCUGACCAGCCUAGAGGGAAGUGGCAUCUCUGAGCGCCUUCCACAGAAGUCUCUGUGCCAAGCUGGCGGGCCCCACCAGGAGGAGCCCUGGAUGGCAUCCCCCGAGACAGACAGUGGCUUUGUGGGCUCAGAAACCAGCAGAGUGUCGCCCCUCACUCAGACUCCAGAGCACCGGCUCUCCCACAUCAGCACUCCAGGGACACUAGGCCAGCCCUUCACUCCAUCUGAACCCCGAGAUGCAGCCUCCCACCGCCAGACUAGGGCUCUUCCGGUCCCCAGAAGAGCCGCUGAGCCCAGCACACCCAGGAGCCGAGCCCAGAGGCCCCCGUCUGGCCAGGACAGUCCUCUCCGGCAGAGGGCAUCCAGCUUCUGUCUGGAGCGGGCACUGACGGCCGAGAUGGCUGUUCCUGGCUCAGAGUUCAAGGGGCGAAGGCAGAUGUCUGAACAGCUUCCCCACAGCAUGACAAUCAGCCCAUCCCCGACUCCGGCCCCUGUGGAGGCUGUCCCACCCCGUGGACCGACAGAGACCACCUCCACCUUCCUCCUCACCAGGACAGGGCGAGACCAGGCCAUCCGCGAGCUGCAACAGGAGGUAUCCCGGCUCCGUCUGCGGCUGGAGGACAGCCUGCACCAGCCCCCGCAGGGCAGCCCAACACGCCCAGCAUCCAGCUUCGACUGCCCUGCCCGGGCCCGGGCCCGGGACCGGCUAGUGGGUUCCUCGGCCACAUGGGGCUCCCAUUACGGCAGUAAAUCCACAGAGAGAUUGUCUGGUGAGCCUGGGAGUGCAGAGCAAGCUGUCCCUGCGGGAAGGCGGCGAACCAGGUCCUCCUCAGUGCCUCGGGAGGUGCCCCAACUGUCCCUGAGUUCCGAAUCUGAGCCAACCUCCCCCAGGCUGUUCUCUGAGAAGGGCAGGACCACCGAGGACAGCCCUCAGGCAGCUUGGGAUGGAACGAGAAGAGUGGGCGGCACCGGACGUCCAGACAGGGUCACCUUCCGGGGCCAAUACACAGGCCAGGAGUACCAUGUUUCAACCCCAAAGACAGUCCCAAGAGGUAGUGGUCCAGUCUCCUGUCCCCAGUGCCGACCUGUUAGAACCCAGGACCCAGGUGGGACUGUCACCAAGGGCCCACCGGGACCGUCCCCCACUGAGACCCUGCGAUGUCCCCUGUGUGGUCAAGUUGGGUCCCCUUCCGAGGGGGAUGGCCCAGACUCAGCCACCUCUGGACCAGAAAAGGCCGCCACCAGAAGAAAUGCACCUUCAACCCCCAGCCCCAAGCAGAGGAGCAAGCGGGCAGAGUCGCCGCCCCGGCCACCCCCUGGACUGUGGUAUCUGGCUGCCGCGCCCUCAGCACCAACUCCUCCUGCCUUUGCCUACGUGUCCUCAGUCCCCGUCAUGCCUUAUCCAUCAGCCACUGUAUUCUAUGUGCCUCCAGGACCUACCUCAGCCCCCUCAGCCCGACCGGCCGCCGAGUGGCCCCCCGCAGCCUCCUCCCGGCCGGCGGGGGGACCCCAGCGCUCCAUCCAGCUGGACCUGGAGGACCUGGAGGAGCUCAACAAGGCCCUGAGCCGAGCCGUGCAGGCCGCUGAGAGUGUCCGCUCUACCACCAAGCACAUGAGCCGCUCCCUGUCGGCCGAACUGCGCCAGGCCCGCGGCCUGCGGGGCUCCUGCCUCUUCUGACUCCACUCAAGGCUCAGAGACUCAUGGAUGGCGAGAGGCAGGCAGCCCGCUGUCGUCCCCUGGGCCAGGGUCCAGCUGGAGCCACUGCUGGAGGCCCCGCAGACCCUCGUGGGGGCGGGGUCCCUCCACAUCAGCCCUGCCUGCACAGCCUGGGUGUUUCCAGAACGGAAGGCGUGUCAGCUGUCAUCAAGAGAAGUCACUUCCUGGGGCCCAGCCCUGUGGUUGGUGCUGGGAUCGAGGUCGCCUCUGUCCAGACACCGCCUCUGGGAGUCUCCCAGUCCUGCACUUGUCCAUUGCCAGCUAAUAAUAUGUAUUUUGUCUACAGAUGGACAGAUAUUUUUUUAAACUGAGACAUUUUCCUGGCCUUGGGUCCUUCUUAGGAGGCCAGAGAAGAAGGGACAGGGCCAGGGUUUCUGGUGAAAACUUACCCACCAGCUGCAACCAGAUACUCCAGAGCAGGCGUCUCUGGGAAGGACGCGGCUGGGGACCUCUCUUCUGGUGACUGGUGCUCAGUGACUGAGGCCACUGGGAUACCUUAGGAUGAUAGGCAUCCAGCUUCUCCAUGGUUAAGAGGCUUUCCCACAGGCCUGCUGGGAUGGAGACACCCCGCAGAGGGCCCGGGAAGCCGUCCGCCAGUCCCCCUCGGUACCUCACCCCAGGCUCUCUCCCGGGGAUCCCUGUGGAACUGGGCUAGUGGCCAGCUACCUGCCAGGUCCUGGCCUGUGGCCCUGAGGCCAGGCCACCUCCUGCUUCCCGACCCUGUAGCAGCUCAUACCUCAGCUUUUCUGGAAUGUGUGUGCAUCAGUGAUAUUUGUAUAUUUGAGGUGUUUAAAAAUCUAUUUUCAUUAUGAGGACAAAUAAAGAAGAAUGAAUAUUGAUCUUAAGAAA